UUAUUGACUUUGGAGGAAAGCUUUUGGUUAUUUUGUUUAUUGUUUGAUUAGGAGUUUGUAAACUGUCUUUCGGGUAAAGAAGUAGAAAGUAAAGAGUUUGGUGAAAAAAUCUGGUUCCUCGACUGUACAAAAAGAGACUCAAGUUUCAACUUUGAACUCAAUUUUAUCAAUGAUUGUUCAUCAGAGGAACUUGUUGAUUCGCAAAAUGGAAUCUUUUUUGUUUCCCUUCAACCAACAAAGGCUCAACUCUCAACUCGAAUUAAAAUUUUCAUCUGUGAUUAAAGGCUUUUUUCAUCUCGAAAUGAAUAUUAUCGAUGUGACAACUCUACUCAUCAUAUUAUCAUAAUUUAUCUCAAAGCUAUGAGAUAAAACACUCGACUUCACCUCGAGUUUGGCUUAUAAACUGCCCUUAACUUCUCGAUGUAGUGAUUUUACUGUCACUCGAUUCUUUGUUACUAACUUUUGUGUUUCCCUUUGCUCUCUGUUUCUUACUUUCCUCAGUUCACAGUGUUUUCCUCAGUCACAUUUUACUAAUUGUCUCUUUUUCCCUUUCUCAGCUGCAUCCCAUAGAAGAGCUCAAGCUUCUCUGAUGCCAUCAAGUCAAAGUAUGAGCUUGCUGCCGGUUACCAAAUUCAGCUGUAUAUGGCCGAUCCAAUACUUCACUUCUAUUCCUAGUGAUAUCGAAUUCAUCUGCUGUCCUAAUUUUUCGCCACCUAAUUCCAAGGAUAAGUGGUUUAUGAAAUUGAGACCCAAAGUUUUAGAUGAACAAUCUGGCAUUGAGUAUAUUGGUAUUCAUUUGUUUUUGAGGUCAUGUGAAGACUGGACAAAACAGCAAAUCAGAGCUAGAUACAUAAUAUCAGUGCUGGAUCUCGAUGGUGAUCCAAGGUACACUGGAGAAUGUAGUCGACCUGAGGGAAGAAUAUUCAAAGCUGGAACUGAAGGUCAUGGAUAUAGACUACUAGCUCCUAGAGAAGUACUCCUUAACCCUGCUAAUAACAUGCUCGGAGCCGAAGAUACUAUUCGCAUUUUAUGUGAAAUUAUUAUGUUUGAGGAAGUGGAAGAUAUUGAGAAAAUAAAUGCUGAAAAAUCUUUGAUUGAAGCUACUCAAACACUAGACAUUGCUAACUAAUUUUUGACCAACGAAGCUGAGAAAACAGACGUAAUUUUGGAAAGGAAAAGGCGAAAUUCAAGUGAAAGCUGAUGAAAUUAUCUUGUCAAUGAGAUGAAAAGUAAUAUUUUGAGUUGUGAUUUGCCACAAAAUCAAAGAAAAGGCAGAAAGUAAAAUGAAAGUUUGUUUGUAUUCCAAGUUGUUUGAAAUUAAAAAAGAAUGAAAUUG